AUGAUUUUUCUUAUCUCUAAAAUUUCCUUCUGCCAGAAGAAGACAAUUAUCCCUUCGCAGUGUGCCCUUCUUCACGUGCCGGCUUUCGCUGCCUCCAGUCUGGUGCCCUCGUCUCCGACCAGGGCCAAGGCAAGUGAUUCGUCGCCGCCCUACCUGCUGUUGAGGGAGAGGGCCAGUUGCAUCGCCGUUGCGUCACCCUUCUCCGGCAUGUUGGGGUCGUUGAUUCGACGCUCCACCUCUGUCCUUGUGCCGGACAUCGUCACCGCCGACGCCCUGGUCUCGCGCGACAAGAAGGUCACCGCCUGCAAGGAUAUCAAGGCAAGGUUCGAGGAGAGGUUCAAGACUGGCAAGAACCGCUGGUUUUUCUCGAAGCUCAGGUUCUAA